AUGUCUAUCUCAAGUGAUAUCCCAUUUACACCAACUCAAACAAAAACUACUCUUCCUGUUCCUCGUUCUGCCAGAUCUCUUAUAAAAAGGGAAAAGUAAUAUAAAUUAGAUGUCCUUUUGAAAAACUAAAAAGGAAAGUAAACAAUUAAGAAAAGAAUCAAACGUAAAAGACUAUUCUCUGGAUUAAAACGUACAGUUAGUAACUAUAGGGGUCGAAUUCCAUAGUCUGAAACUUUUACUCUUAAUGAAGAUCGCUUAAUACUCUCUUCUGUAAUAAAAUUAGGACCUAAAUUCAAAGUGAUUUCCUAAUAUUUUCCAUCAAAAUCAUUAAGUGCAGUCAAAAAUCGUUACUAUAAGUAUUUGAGAUAUCGUUGGAUUCAAAUUAUGGGCAAGUAUUUAUUUUUGCUAAUAAAUAAGGGAUUUUGAAAGUUUAUUAAAAGAAAGCUAAUAAAUUAUAAGACAAGAUGAUGAAAUUGUAGAUACUGCAGAGCUAUUCCCAGAAGUAAAAGAUAUAUUAAAAAAUAUGAUAACAAAUAUCAAAUCUUUAAUUUAAUCAUGA